UGACAUAUGAUUUUGACAGCACGUACGUGUGUUUAUAAUGUCAAGAUUUUAUGGAAAUGCCGGCAUGCUAUUUUAAAUUCAAUUAAAAUUUGUAGAAUUUUUUACAUUCUUUUCGAACCAAUUCUCAACAAAUUAAGUCUAGUGAAAAUCGACGAUGAUUUUAAUCGAUGGAAGUGUCAUGGAAGGGGGUGGCCAAAUUUUGAGAAUGGCAAUCUCAUUAAGUGCAUUACUACGAAAACCAGUGAAAAUAACCAAAAUUCGAGCGGGACGGAAAAAUGGGGGACUGGCUGCUCAGCAUUUAAAUGGCAUUGAGUUGGCUCGAGACAUAUGCAAGGCAUCAGCUAAAGGAUUGUUCAUUGGAUCGUCUGAGGUUGAAUUCAGUCCAAACAAAUUAAACGGUGGCGACUAUACAGCUGAUACCAAAACGGCUGGGAGUGUUGCAUUGUUACUUCAAGUUUCAUUGCCAUUGAUUCUAUUUGGUGAUGCACCAUCUACUCUACAUUUGAAGGGUGGAACAAAUGCUGAAAUGGCACCACAGAUCGAUUUCAUGACCGAAAUAUUUCGACCAAAUUUGGAACGAUUUGGAGCUACAUUCGAUUUUACUUUGGAACGUCGCGGAUAUUUUCCAAGAGGUGGCGGAUAUUGUAUAAUUAAUGCCCGACCUGUGAAAUACCUGCAACCAAUUGAUCUGACAAAUGUUGGAGAUAUUACAAAGAUAUUCGGAUGGAGUUUUGUGGCUGGGUCGUUGCCGGUUCAUUUAGCGGAUGAAAUGAUGAAUGGUGCCAAAAAUGAAUUGAAUCGAUCGUUGAAAAACUGUCCAAUUGAUAUUGAAGCAUAUAAAGAAACCAAAGAUGUUGCCAAAGACAAUGCAUCUGGAAUAAUAAUUGGAUACGAAACAACGACACAUUGUAUAUUGGGUGCAUCAGCACUCGGUACUCGAAACGAGAGAGCAUAUGAUACGGGAAGAAAAGCAGCCAAUGAAUUGAUCAAAUGUUUAGGUAGUUGCGUCGAUGUACAUGUACAAGAUCAGCUUAUAAUAUUUAUGGCAUUGGCACGAGGAGUGAGCCGAGUCCGAUGCACCUUACCACUAACAAUGCACACAAAAACCGCUAUUUACAUUGCUGAACUCAUCACAGAAGCUAAAUUCAAUGUGAUUGAUAAUGGAGCCACUGGAAUUAUUGAAUGUAAUGGGAUUUCCUUCGAAAAUGGCUAUUUUGCCAGAAAUGAAUAAAAAAUACAUAUUUUAUGACGAGAAAA